UCAUUUUUCCCGGAGUACUUACAAAUAAAACGAAAUCUGCAAAAAUUAUACGCGUUUUUUUUUUUUAACUACGUUGCUGGUUGAUUGACUUGUGGGUGGUGAUCCGUGGAAUGACGAAAAGGUCAAUCAAGGUCCUUUGAAACAAAAAUAGAAAGAAAAACAAUCUUAUUGGAAAACCGCAUAGUGUUCAAAUUAAACAUGUCUGUUAUCAGAAACUCCAAGUUACCCACCCUAUUCUCAAGGCUGAGUGCGAAUUUGGGGGUCACUAGCCGUCUUCAGUCGAUGGAUCAUGGAAAAGUGGAUAGCCAGUAUGAUCUCGUUGUUGUUGGUGGGGGUAUUGUUGGGGUUGCAUCGGCACGUGAGAUUCUUCUUAGGAAUCCCCACUUAAAAAUCGCGGUGUUAGAGAAGGAGAGGAAACUAGCAUUCCAUCAGAGCGGUCACAAUAGUGGAGUGAUUCAUGCUGGUAUUUACUACAAACCAGGCUCCCUUAAGGCUAAAUUGUGUGUUGAGGGACUCAAACUAUCCUACAAGUACCUGGACGAAAGAAAUAUUCCCUACAAGAAGGUGGGGAAGCUCAUAGUCGCAACGGAUACAUCAGAGAUCGGUAGAUUGCACGAUUUGCAUGAACGUGGAAUCCAGAAUGAUGUACCUGACUUGCAGAUGAUCGACGGUUCAAAGAUUCCUGAAAUAGAACCCUAUUGUAAGGGAGUCAAGGCUCUGUGGUCUCCACAGACGGGCAUAGUUGACUGGGCUCUGGUUACUGAACACUAUGCUAACGAUUUCAAACAAGCUGGAGGUCGAGUGUUCCUUAACUUCAAAGUGAAUAAGUUCAAUGAGACACCAACAGAUGCUUCGUACCCGGUGACGAUUCAGGGAAGUCUAUCGCACCAGCGUAUUCAGACGAGAUAUGUCCUUACCUGUGGUGGCCUUCAGUCGGAUAUCCUCGCUGGCUUGACGGGCUGUUCCAAGGACCCUAAAAUCGUGCCGUUCCGAGGGGAAUACCUCCUUCUGUCUCCGGAGAAGUGUCACAUGGUUAAGGGAAAUAUAUACCCAGUGCCGAACCCUAAACUACCUUUCCUUGGAGUUCACUUUACACCUCGAAUGGAUGGCAGCGUGUGGCUGGGACCAAACGCUGUCCUUGCCUUCAAACGAGAAGGAUACAAAUGGGGUGACAUCAAUCCUCUAGAACUUGCUGAUGCAUUACGUUAUCCCGGUUUCAUUAAGAUGGCAAUGAAAAACAUCACAUUCGGCUUGUGUGAGAUUUCAAAAUCCGCCUUCAUCCCACUGCAAGUGAAAGAUCUACAAAAAUACAUCCCCAAUAUAAACGAAUACGACAUUUCACGGGGACCAGCAGGAGUCCGUGCUCAAGCACUCGACAUCGAUGGCAAUUUGGUGGAUGAUUUUGUUUUCGAUAAGGGCACAGGUAGUGGGGCUUUAUCUCAAAACGUAUUACAUUGUCGAAAUGCACCAUCACCAGGAGCUACUAGUUCAUUGGCUAUCGCCAAAAUGGUAGCCGAUAAAAUCGAAAAAGAAUUUAAUAUUCGAGCAUAAGCCACCGUGUUGAAAAUUAAAUAAGAUACAAAAAUUCGUUUUUCUAGAAUACUUAAAAACAAACUGAGCAUCAGUUUUGUUUAAUUCUUUUUUUAAAUUCAAUGUUUGUUACUUUUUUUUAAGCUGUUGUUUAUUAAUAAAAUAAAUUAUUUAAGCAGA